AAAAAUGCCUAGGUAUGAUGACCGUCGCGGUGGCACUCGCCUAUACGUUGGUCACCUGUCUUCAAGGACAAGAUCACGUGAUCUUGAGGAUAUGUUUAGCCGAUAUGGGAGGAUAGGUUCAGGUUGCAGUGACGAUGAAGUAGGAGAAAAUAGAGUCCUUUCCAAGCCCUUUUGUGGUGCUUGACAUCUGGUCUUCCUUAUAAAAUAUGAGUGAGAAUGUUGCAACCCUCCACGUGUCUGUGUGGUUUAACUUGAAUGAUCUUGUUGAAGGUUUCUUGGCUUUUGCCUAACCUGGAGGUCUAUGGUGAGAGGGUGACCUUGGUGGAUUUGGCGAGUCUUUCUAUAGUGUUAUUGCGUGUUUUUAGCGAAAUGGCAACAAUCUCAAAAGUGGUGUUUUUGGUUCAUCUGUGAGGGGCAAACUAUCAACCCUUCGAUAAUUGUGUCAUGAUGGCCUUACUGUUUCUGGCACCCGUUUGCGCAGAAUACGUGAUGUGGAUAUGAAGCGUGACUAUGCAUUCGUUGAAUUCAGCGACCCUAGAGAUGCUGAUGAUGCAAGAUAUGCAUUGAAUGGUCAAGACCUAGAUGGAAGCCGGAUCAUUGUUGAAUUUGCCAAGGGAGUGCCCCGUGGUCCAGGUGGAUCACGGGAUUACCCUGGAAGAGGUCCUACUCCUGGGUCAGGACGCUGCUUCAACUGUGGAAUUGAUGGUCAUUGGGCUCGUGAUUGCAAAGCUGGGGAUUGGAAGAACAAGUGUUAUCGCUGUGGGGAACGAGGUCACAUAGAAAGAAACUGUCAAAACAGUCCAAAGAAACUGAGACCACGCAGUUACUCACGCUCACCUAGUCAACGCCGUGGUAGAAGCAGAAGCCGCAGUUACAGCAGGGGACGUAGCAACAGUAGAUCAAGAUCACCCGUGAAGAGAGAUCGAAGUUUCGAGCGUGAUGAUAGAAGAUCAAGGAGUCCUAAGCGCCACAGGGGUUCUCCAUCCCCAUCCAGAGGGAGGAAGCAUACUCCAACACCGGAUGAAAGAAGUCCACAAGAGAGAGAUAGCCCUUCCCCACGGGAUCGCAGGCAAGCCAAUGGUUCGGAUUACAGUGUAAGUCCUGGGAGCAGGAGCAGAAGCAGAAGCCCUGAUCGUGAAGCUGACACCGAGGACAGGGCUUAUAGGAGCUCUAAAAAGGAAAAUGGCCACAGCCGCAGCCCUAGCCCACUCCCCAGGGAUGACCAGAGCCCUAUGUACGAUGACGAUGAUAAUCAUGCUUCUCCUAGGCGCAGUGAAUCAAAUUAAGCAAGAGGUGGUUUGAAUUGGUCUGUCUUAGCGACAAUCUGGUUUGCAAGAAAUUUGAGUUUUAUAUAUUGAUGGAUAACUUUUUUCUCUUGAAUAUUUAAGCGCUGUUAAGAUUUAUUAAAGUCUGGUUCUAUAAAUUCCUCUUCUUGUCUGUCUUUGGUAAAUUACUUUGCGGCUGCUAGUAAAAGUUGAAAUUUUUGCAAUAA